UCCUGUCACUUGUUCCUGUCCUCAUAUUAUUCUAAGGUCUGCAGCACAAAGUCACUUAGUGCAUUCAACUUCCCAAUCCCUGCACAGAGCCAGGCACUGCCUAGUGUCACAGUCCUGCAGCACCUCUCAGCUGUGUGCCCCUCACCCCCUGGGCAUCAAUCCAUGCAGAGAUCAUUGAGUAGUACGGGCAGCCCAUACUGGCAUUGGGAAUAUCCGCUAGAGUCAAGGCCAGGACAGAAGAGAAGACAGUGACUUUUGGUUCCAGACCCCUGUGGGAGGAGGAUGCCUGGAUUGUCCCAGAGAGGAGAGCACUGAGCUCCGGAGGGCACCUGUCUCUGGACCUUGCGGGUGCGGGACCUUCUGCCAACAUGAGCAAACCGGCGGGAUCAACAAGCCGGAUCUUGGAUAUUCCUUGUAAAGUAUGUGGUGACCGCAGUUCGGGUAAACAUUAUGGAGUUUAUGCUUGUGAUGGGUGCUCAGGAUUCUUCAAGAGAAGCAUUCGGAGGAACAGGACUUAUGUGUGCAAAUCUGGAAAUCAGGGUGGGUGUCCGGUGGACAAGACACAUAGAAAUCAAUGUCGGGCAUGUCGCCUCAAGAAGUGUUUAGAAGUCAACAUGAAUAAAGAUGCUGUUCAACACGAACGAGGACCAAGAACUUCCACCAUAAGAAAGCAAGUGGCUCUGUAUUUCAGAGGACACAAGGAUGUCAAUGGGACCACUCCUCACUUCCCAUCGGCAGCUUUGCCAACACCUACCUUUUUCACCACUGUUAGUCAACUGGAGCCUCAUAACCUAGAGUUAGCGGCUGUAUCCACCACCCCUGAGAGACAGACCUUAAUAGGACUCGCUCAACCAACACCAAAGUAUCCUCAUGAAGUGAACGGAGCUCCCUUGUAUCUCUAUGAAGUGGCCACAGAAUCAGUUUGUGAAUCUGCAGCACGGCUUCUUUUCAUGAGCAUUAAAUGGGCAAAGAGCGUUCCUGCUUUCUCCACUUUGUCUUUACAGGAUCAGCUGAUGCUCCUGGAAGAUGCGUGGAGAGAGCUAUUUGUUCUGGGAAUAGCACAAUGGGCCAUCCCGGUUGAUGCAAGCACGCUACUGGCUGUAUCUGGAAUGAACAACGAUAACACAGAUUCGCAGAAGUUGAAUAAAAUCAUAGCUGAAAUUCAGGCGUUGCAGGAAGUGGUGGCAAGAUUUCGGCAGCUCCGACUAGACGCAACUGAGUUUGCCUGUCUCAAAUGCAUUGUCACUUUUAAGGCUGUACCUACACAUAGUGGCUCUGAACUGAGAAGUUUCAGGAACGCAUCAGCCAUUGCAGCCUUGCAAGAUGAAGCUCAGCUCACACUCAACAGUUACAUACAUACCAGAUACCCUACACAGCCCUGCCGGUUUGGGAAACUUUUGCUACUUCUACCUGCUUUGCGGUCCAUAAGCCCUUCGACGAUAGAAGAAGUUUUUUUCAAGAAAACUAUCGGCAAUGUUCCUAUCACACGGCUUCUAUCAGAUAUGUAUAAAUCCAGUGAUAUCUAACCAGGAAGACAUAUCUAAACAGAUUACACUUAUACAGAAGACUGACUAAAGGCAGAUGCUUUACUAAGGAAUAAGACUCAAGGCCACAAUCAUUGUGGAGAACUUUUGUAAAAAAUAGCCAUCAUAUUGAUGUGCAUGUUGUCGAACUAUAAUCUGCUACAUGAUGUAGUCAGUUAUUUGCCUAUAAAUCCAGGGGAUGACCACCAAGUACCCUCAAAGGCCCUGGUAACUCAAAAUGUACAUACAGAUACAGUGUUUUGUAAUGAACAUAGUCGACCUUUCAUAGUAAACCCUGGAGUCCACAGGAACCCAUGAGAAGGCAGCCCUACCAGAAUCAUUUGUAAGGACAAGGUUCAAAGGAUUGAUGGAUGUGUUACAAUACAUUUAUACAUCAUACAGAUCAUCACAGCAUAAAGUAGAAAUAGCUGGCACUGCAUGGAUCUCAUAAAUCACAGUCCAUACGGCCUCUUUCAAGCACGGAAAUUACCAAAAACCUGCUCGGUGGUGCACUAUAUCAGCUUGACCAAUAGAUUUUGGAAACAAAGAAGAAUGCUGCAGCACUCACCAGUCCAGGUAGUAGAUUUAUUGUAAAAGCAGGUAAGGACAUCAGGCAACCAUUGUUUCAUUACAAUAGUAGAUUUAUCAUGGCCUAUCCUCCACAUCGUUCUAUCCCUCUUUUUAUACUAUUUAACAAGUUUCAUUAUCAUAAGGACAAAUCACAUAAAAAAAUAUUAAAAUCACAAUAAACAAUCAUGAUGAAUACAGAAGAUUUUGAUAAAUGCGAUCUAUCAAGGAAGUAAACAGUCCUGUGUCUAUAAGUGUGCACUAAGAUCGCUGUGCUCAUUGAGACCUAAUGGUCCCAGAGUGCCUGACAUCAAGACCGUCAUCAUUCCACAUUUUAAUAAUUGUUUUUGAUGGUAACUCCUCUUUCUAUUCAAAUCUGUUUAAGUCCCAUAAAAUACAUACAUUUUGGAUUAUUCCCAUGGAACUUAUCAAUAUAUUAAAUAUAUAUGGAGAAUCCUUUACCUGUUCUAAGUGAAUAUGUGUGUUCACUAAACCAUAUGUAUAGUGAUCUUAUUGUUUUGCAAACAGAGAAAUAAACACAUUCACACAUCCCAAUGAAAACUACAAAAGACCUCAUGCAUAUCAUGAAGUCUUGAACUGCAAACUCCUGUCCACCUAGAGUAACCCUGCUUGUUAACGUCAUAGAGCUACAAUAGUGGCAUCAACUACAUCUAUAAUAUCCUCACAAACAGAUUGCCCUCUGUGUUUUCAUUGGUAAGCGACCUUUGACCAGAACAUCCCAAAAAAUAGUACAAUGACAGAAAGACACCAAGGUUUUUGUCGUGCUCUUUCGCCUAAUAAUGUGUCACCAGUCACUGUGUUUUUCCUAAUGGCGUCUCUGAUCACAUUGCUCAUUGGGCUGACUUUAAAUGAAAAUAUAAACCACCUUGGUGUAUGUUAUGCUGUUUUCUCUUUCUAGUAUUAGAUAUAAUCUAAUGUUUCAGUUUUCUGGCAGACUUGAUGUAUUAGCAGUGUUUGGUAACCCCCCCCCCCCUGGCAGUUCUAAUUCACUGGCCUGUUUUAAAGGUGUCUGAAUCACUGUUUAUCUUACACAAGCACAAAGACUAUUCGUAGGGUAAAGAUUUUUUACAUGUAAGGAUCUUGGCCAUCUCUUAUACCUUUAUAAUGAAUUGGUGGCUGUAGACUUAUGAUAGUCCUUGGUGACCAAUUCUCCAUUAACCACAGCACCUUUUUUAUGUAGAAAAUCAUGGCGUGUAUUCCCAAAAUUACUGGUGAAUGUCAUAUUUUAAUUAUUUGAGUUUAGGUAGCUUAAAAACCUCAAACACUCCUGCUGUGACCCUGCCCAGUAAAUCUCUUUUCCAUUGUCAUAAUUUACCUUGUUGUACAGUAUGAAGAGGAGGAUGGGUUGAUAUGGAGGAUAGGCCAUGAUGAACUUACCAUUGUAGUAAAACAAUGGUUGCCUGGUGUCCUUAUGCUGUGUUCACAUGUUGCAGUACCGCAACUAAUUACCAUGUAUGUUUUUGCUGCGAGUGGCCACAAUUGCAGUACAAAUAGCGUGUUUUUCCACUAUGAUGCUAAUGACGUACACCGCAGUAUAUUAUUGUGCAAAACCGCACUUGACAAUUAGUUGCAGUACUGCAACAUGUGAGCACAACCAUACCUGCUUUUAUAAUAAAUGUACUACCUGGACUGGUAAAUGCUGCAGCGUUCUUUGUGGAUCAUGAAGGUUAUAUCGGACCACAAUCACUGGAGAAGUCUAAUCUGGACUCUUGAUGAUCUCAUAUAUAGCAAUGUUUUACCUGCUCCUUGAACAAGACUGUGAUUCUUUUAAGACCAUAUGCAAGACUGUCAUUAUAAAGUGUACGUUCACCUGUGAGCACCAUUUAAAGUUUAUAAAUAAUUAUAAUGUAUAUAAAAGGUUUGGCAACUUUACACAUGCAUUGUAUUACUUAAAGUAUAGUGGUCCUAAAUUUUGCCAAGCUACUAUAAUAGGGGACAAUUUUUCUUCUAUAUAAAAUUACUAAACACCACCUGGUGUAAAGAGGACACUUCUUAAUAUGUUGACAACCGGUAAAGCUCUCUGUAUACUGGACAUUGAGGAAAUGCUAGGAGAUUUGAGCUCUGAAGUCUGCAGAAUACUAAACAGCUCUGCACUAUAAUACAGUAUCUGUAUUAAAUAAAUAACACAAGCUAUUUACACAGUUACUCAACUUUUUAUAUAGAUUAUGACUAUAUUUUAGUUGUAAAAUGGUGUUCAAAGGCGUACUCCUUAAAGAGAGACUUUAGUGUGGUGGGUACAUAAAACUGUGUUGUUGCUUUCAAUGGAGCUAUGUUUUCCAGUGAGGUGUAAGCAGAAAUGCUGACUGAUCUUUAGAGGAUAAUUUGAUUCAUAACUAUGUGUUUUUCAUUUCCAUCACUGUGUUGGUUCAAGCUCAUAAAAGCGGUGUCAGAUCUAAUAAGACACUUUAUACGCUUUAAUGCAAGCAAAAAAAUUUGAGGGAGGUCAACGAGCUGAAGUGCCAAAUGUGCUGUAACCAUUAGCAUGUGAGGCUAUAUUCCCAUGGACAUAUGAACAUUUUAUUAUUCAACAAAAUAUAAACAUGAAAAAUAAUUAUUUAAAUCCAAUAUAUGUCCCAUAUACUUGCCCGUUAAAGGAGAGACAAUUCAGCCAUACAAUUCCCACUUAGACGUCCCAAACAUGUAGGAGGGCGCUGCCUUUAGAUACAGUUUUAAUAGUUGCUUUAUGUUCAGUUCAUGGUGUGAAUAGGGUCUAGCACUAAGAAAAAUCAGCACUUCAACUAUCAUAGACAAGUAAUAUGGUUCUUGUUCAGUGUCCUCUAAUUGUGCUUAAAGUUGUACUCAUUUCUUUACAGAGAAUAAAAUAUAU